GGUCAGCAUUAGUGUGACCAAAAUCAGCGCAAGAACCCGAUGAGCGAAGCAAAACAUUAUUAUUUUAUAAUUUUUGUUUUGUUUAGUUUUAAUAAAUGUAAACUAAAUAAAUGGCUUAACUAAAAUGUAAAAGAAAGCCCAGUGUCGAACGAAAGCGAAAAAAGCAAAGUGUAAGUGCAGCAGCGAGAACAGUAGAGCCAAAACAAAAAGCGAAAAUUUUCAUUGUCUCGCUCUCUCGCCAGACGCGAAAGUGUGGAAAGGAAAGGCAGAGAAAAGAGGAAUAGAGAAAAAAAAUAUAAGGCUCUAUUAGGACCCACUUUUGGCAUUUUGUGCGUAUUAAAAGGUUUCCCCCGCAAACCACCACCUAGUGCCGCACACAGACAGUUGAGUGUGAGAUUGUGUGCGCGAGUGUGUUUUAAGGUGUUGAAAUAUAUUUUGUUUAAACAAUGGAAAAAUUCACAACACAACUACAAAAACAACAACAACAACAAGAGCAAAACAACCUUGGCAGCAGCAAAAUGAAUACGAACAGCGUCUUACCCCACUACACUUUUAGCGGCAUGAGCUCUUUUGAUGCCGAAUCUUUGCCCGAUUAUUCAGAAUUUGAUUCCGAAUCGGUAACUUUGGACUAUUAUAAGGAAAGUGUCCUACGUCCACCAGCUGACAAAAUGGCGCCGACAACCACCAUUGAGACCAUAACCAUCACACGGCCCCUGAAAGUGAUUGCAUUUAUCUGUGGUGUCAUUGUGGUGGUCCUUAUGAUCCUGGCAUUGGCAUCAACGGAUUGGCUAAUGGCUGCCGGUUGGCGGCAAGGUCUCUUUGUUCAUUGCAUUGAGGAUGAUGCACUUCCACCGUUACCAUUUAAUAUACAGGAUCCGCCUGGCUGCUAUUGGACCCGCGAUAUAGGUUAUAUCAAGGCCACAGCAGCUCUCUGUAUUAUCACAUUGAUAACUGAUGUUAUAGCCACUGUGCUGACAGGUUUGGGCCUGAAGACCCAAAACCAUAAUCUUAAAUACAAAUUCUAUCGCAUAGCAGUAUUGGUGAUGCUCGUAUCAUUGCUGGCCGUAUUGUCCGCUUUGAUUGUGUAUCCCGUCUGCUUUGCCGGUGAGCUUACAAUGGCGAACCGACGAGUCUGGGAGUUCGGCUGGGCAUAUGGCGUUGGCUGGGGAGCUGCCAUAUUCUUGUUUGGUGCCGUUGUCCUGCUGCUCUGCGAUAAGGAAUCGGAGGAGAUUUACUAUAAGGAGAGGAAAAUCGUACAUGAAAACCAAAUGCGCGCCUAGGCAAGGCCGCACGACCUGCCUGACGUCGUUCUUUAGAUAUAUAAGUAUAUAGAAGCCAACACAGACACACACACACACACACACAUAGAUUUCGAUACAAAACAGACAAACCGGAAAAAAACAACAACAAUACGAACAAAAGCAAUUUGCAGCACUAAAUUCGUUUGAAAUUUUUCAAAUUAUGUGUAUGUUAUGACGACCAAAUUUAUAUUUCGAUUUCAAUCAAUCAAAUCAGUAGCCACAUCGCCCGAUCCCCAGGCCAUCCAUCUUCCAUAGUAAUCGGCAUUUGUUUAGAUAAGUGUUUUUUUAUGCCCAAUUUGUUUCCUUUCUCAUAACUCUAGUUUUCAUAUUCUUUUCGAGAAACGUGAUCUUCCAAGAACCACAAAACACAUGACACACACACUAGAAUCUCUCAUAUACACCGCCCCCCACCCAGUAAAAGCAUGUAUUAUCGUAUAUCAAUGUCAGAAAAUUCAUAAAACAAAAAAAAAAAAUGAUAAUCCAGUCAAUAUAUCUAUCUAGUGUUCCCCCCUUUUUAAGAAACCAAAACAAAAAAAAAAGAAAAGGAAAUGAUAAUGAAAAUUAGAUUUUACUCAUAUUAACAUACUCAUAGUCAGAAAUUCAUGUAAUCUCAUAUAUAUCCAAAAAAAACUCCACGAAAUUUGACACACCAAAAAGAGAUAUUGAAAGAAAAGAUAAAAAACCUAUUGGGAAAUGAAAUAAUUGAAUAAAAUUGAGUGACUGGAUUGAGAGGAUGUUAGGAUGGACGAUAGGACGAUAUAUAGCAGAAGGCAGCAUUAACCAAUCAUUGUAACGAAAAUCGAAUACCGCGCGCAGCUCUACCCACAUAUUGUCGAUUACGCUUUCUAUUUGAUGUUUAUUUUAAUUAAUUAAUCGAUCGUUUAAACUUUAAACUGUAGUAAUUGUACAACCUCGAAUAUUUUUUUAAUUUUGUUAAACCCUCCACCGCCCAAAAACUUUUUAUCAAGUAACUUUUGUAAAUUACUUUUAGCCCGAAUUAGGUUUACCUGAGUUUAAGUUGAAUUCGAAUAUUUGCAAUAAUAAUCCUUUUUUUAUAUAUAUAGUUUUUUUUUUGUGCGUUAGCCGCUUUUUUAUAUAUGUAUACAUAAAUGUUAACUAAGUAAUUUAUUAAUUUGUGUUCUCUCUACCAACACACUCACACCCUAAACACACUUACACACUUAGACAUAUCAAUUGCGAAUAAAAUGUUUCUGACAUCUUUUGUUAACAUA